GGCUGCGAUCGGCCGAUGAUUCGCGGUUUCCAUGACAACCACAAAGGCUUCUACGUACACAACAGAAAAAACAUGGACGAUGCUAGUGCAGAAGAGACAGCCUUUGUGGUGGAUGAAGUGAGCAGUAUUGUUAAAGACUCUAUUGAAGGAGCCAUUGGAGGAAACAUCUAUCAGCAGAACCGUGUGAGUAUGUGGACCUCAAAUGUAGUGGAGCAGUGCCUGAGCCAACUCAGUAAACUUGGCAAACCAUUCAAAUAUAUUGUGACCUGCAUUAUCGUACAAAAGAACGGAGCGGGAUUGCAGUCUGCAUCCUCGUGUUUCUGGGAUAACACUACGGAUGGGAGCUGCACCGUCCGAUGGGAGAAUAAAUCCAUUUACUGCAUUGUCAGUGUGUUUGGACUUGCCAUUUAAACUGAACUACACCAACUGCCAGACAACAGUCGACUCUUAAAAAACACUGCUUCAUGUUCUUACAUUUCUAUAAAAUCAAACUGCCAUUUGUCGUGUCAGACCGACCGUCUUACUGUACUGCAUUUUCAGUAUUUUUUCAGUAAAUUCUCAGUGUUACCUCCUUCAUGUGAAAUACAAUAAAACACAAUGAAUUCCUGUAAAGA